CUCAUCUGCCGUCUUGAGGGCUUCUUGGGGCUCUCUAGAGCCGUCUUGGGGGCUCCUAAAGACUUCGUGGAGUCAUUUUAGGGAGGCAGCCUCUGGCGCGACAAGGGAGGGUAGUGCCUGGAACGCUACAGAAGCCAUGCUUGGCAGCCUGUAGGCGUAUGACACGCCCCAGCGCGCGAGGGCACAGUGGCGGGCAAUUCAUAAUUGCUCACUAAUUUUCUAUGCUUCAGCUCGUGAAGCCCGUACCGUUGCUUCAGAAUGGUGUUUCAGUGUAUUGUACGUUUAACGACCUGUCAGCCUCUCGCCUACCUUACUCCCGUCACGCUGCCAGGCAGACAUAAUGUCAGACGGAAGAAAGACAUUGCGCGGUACACCAACUACCGUGUGAUGAGGAUAGCCGGCCUGACGCACGACAGACCAAAGGAGGAGGCUGACCGGCGCGGCUUCGUAACGCCGCUCACGAAGCUUCAGGACGAGGCCAGCCUUCCCCGCUCGGCCUUGCAUCGCAGGUUCAACUUCCCGCACACCCUGAACUACAAGGUGUACUGGGGCCCCCCGUCCGUGAUGGAGGAGCCCAACGAGUACGAAGGCCGCGGUGGGCCACCGUGGC